AUGUCUCCGAUGGCGAUUCCAGUUGUCGCGAAUGUCUGGCCAGGGGAACGCCAAGAUUUCUCAGAACCUGAAAAUCUACGCGAAUCAGACCGCGCAUCACUCAAUGAUCGGCUAGGCCGCGUAGAAUCCCUCCUAGAGAAAGUUCUGCGGCGAUUGGAUAACCUUGGUGAGAAACGAGAGCCGCCAAUGUCACCACCAAUAGGGACCGUUGAUAGCAGCAAUCCGAGCUCCGGCACAGCUAUUACACCUGCCAAUGAAAAUGCCCCUGUUUUACCACUUUUCGACAAUGGAGUGUUAGGCUUUCAACCAUCAGACGCCUCUCCGCCGAGUAUCACGCUUUAUGGCACGAUGAAUCACGAGUGGGAGAAACUCCGUCACGGACUCUUAGCCCUCCUACCGUCAUAUAGUACUUUGAAAAGACUAGCGGCCAAUAGCUGCUGGUGGCUGGUCCGAGCCCAAUGCUUUCAAGACUACGAAGAAUCACUUCUUCCGUAUUCACUAGCUUCUUUGUCAAACCACCACCCUGUUGUCAUCGCCAAGGCUCUAUUGUGGGUGGUCAUCUGCCUACAGAACUCCCACGGGGAUUCGCCGUUGAUUCAUUGGAGCUUCCCUGCCCUCCAGCAGAACUCAUCACAUAAUGCGUCAACAUUGUCGCACAUUCGAUUAGUUCUGAUGAGACGUUGA